AUGAGCAAAGAACAGUCCCACGAGCUCCAAGAGCAGCAGCAGCAGUGCGAGCUGCCGCACGACCAGCCCCAGCAGUCGCAACAGCAGCUCAAUUCGCAGCAAAGUGCCCCGACCGAGCCUCAGCCCGCACACAAUCAUAUCCUCAUCCAAGAGACCGCGACCGAAGUCCAUCCCCCAAGCUAUGAACAGGCCAAGGCUUCUCCGGCCGGUCAACCGCCUGCCGGCCUGACGCCUGGCCAAGCUCCCACAACGGUCACGCCCUUGAACCAGCUCGGCGACACGCCCCAAUGGAUCGACUGCCCGUUCUGCCACAAGCGGACCAAGACGACGGUGCGAAAGGAAGGCGGUAGUAUGCAAAUGUGCCAUUCAAGUGCUUGCCCCUACUCAGGUCGUCACCCAGAUGUGGCGCAGCAGCAGCAGCCUCAAGCUGUGCCAGGCCAGAAUACACACCAAUCAAUGCCCCAGCAUCCCGAUGCUUCCCAGCAGCAGAGCCAUGAUAUUCAACCUCAGCCGCUGCAAACACCAAACCAUCCGCCCAUGGACGUCAAGAACUAA